CUCAUUUGUAUGUAUUCACAACGACAACGGGAUUGUUUUGUUCAGCACUGCAGAGCCAGAGGAGGAAAUCGGAGCAGAAAUCUGGAUAAGAGAUCUUCCAUGUUUUACCCUAGCUAGUUUCUCAUCCUUGCUGUUAUAGGUAACUAAGGAAGAGCAUCGGUGGAAUGCAAUGGAUUCAUUUACUAUAAGGAGCUUAGAUAGAAUCAGCAUGUUACCAGAUUCCAUACUGUGCCACAUACUUUCAUUUCUUCCGAUGAAAUAUGCUGUUAGGACCAGCACUCUAUCGACAAGAUAUCAGUACCUUUGGACUUACAUUACCAGCCUUCACUUUGACAAUUCUGAACUCUUUACUAAUGAUAUUGGAGAAGCUGAGGCUGAUUUGAGUUUCAGGAAUUUCGUGAGCACAGUAUUGCUUCUCAGUAACGUGUCAUGUUUGGAAAAGUUCAGUCUUAAGCUUGAAUCAUUUUGCAAUAUUGGCAUUGUCAAGUCAUGGAUCAGCAUUGCAAUAAAGCGUAACGUUCAAAAGCUAGAACUUGGAUACUCACAAUUAUGUGGAGAGAUUCCUAUUCAGUUGCCUCAGACAAUGUUCAUUUGCAAAACAUUGGUGGAUCUAACGCUGAAAGGAAUGGUUUCCCUACAAAUUCCUGCUUCGGUUUGGCUUCCCAGUCUUAAGAUUCUUAAGAUGGAGGACAUUAUUUAUGAAAAUGGAGAUUCAGCUCAGAAGCUCAUCCAUGGAUGCCCUGUUCUUGAAUAUUUGGAUUUUCAUAGGGAGGAUGCGAAGAGUGGAGAAGUGUUGAACAUUUCUGUGCCCACAUUGAAGCGUCUGGAGGUAACCUGUCUAGGUCCUGGUGAGCAGCUUAUUUUUAAUACCCCGACGCUUGAAUACCUUGAUCUCACCUGUUAUUGGGCGGAGGGUUUUUCAUUGGUGAACUUAUCAUCCUUGUUGGAAGCACGCAUCGAUAUUGAUUUGUCCGGCUCAAGACCCAUCAAUUCAGCCAACGUACUAAAACUUCUUCGUGGAAUUGCAAAUGUUAAGUUUCUUUGGUUUCAUGCUGAUAUUACGGAUUAUGUUCCGACAACUUUCCAUACUCUUCAGAAUUUGACACAUCUAAGGCUUCUGUGUGGCUUUAACUGUAGAGGAUUCAACUUGAAUUUUCUGAAUGACUUUCUUGGGUGCUCGCCUAAUCUCGAAGCACUUGUUCUUGAGGGAAAUAGAUUUUCUUCAACCAAAUCCUGGAGCCCACCUCUGAGAGUGCCUCAUUGUUUGUUAUUCAAUCUCAAGGAAGUUGAGUUUCUUUACUUACGUAGAGAAAACCGAGAGUUUGAAGUGAUAGAAUAUUUGCUGAGAAAUGCAGAAGUUCUGAAGAAAAUGACAGUUGAUUGUCAGCAUUCACAUAUCUGGCAGAUAGCACAAGUUCCAAGGGCAUCAAAGACCUGUAUUCUUAAUCUCCUUUAAAGAUAAUGGCUGGGAUGGAGUUGAUGAUGACCAAUCUGGUUGGAGUGGUUCAGAAUCUGCAGCAACAUGUGUUGCCUCCACGACCUCCACCUUCUGCAGGAAUGGGACCUCCUUCUCCUCCUCCUCCUCCU